AGGAGGAGGAGGAGGCGGCGGAGGAGGCGGCAGUGGAGGACAGGACGACAGGCGGAGCGAUCACCGGCGGAGAGAGGUGUCUGGAGUCAGAGAAGUGCUCCGUGUUGUUGUCGCUGCUAACCCGCAGCGGUGCGUGGCCGCGGAGGCUAACUUGCACCUAGCUUAGCGUAGCUUAGCUUAGCUGACCUCUGACCCGACAACCGCCCGCCGGUCACAUGAAGUGAAUCAGCCCGGGCUGGUGGGGCAGGAGCUGGAGGAGGAUGGCCGAGCGGGAUACUCCGCCGCCGGGAGAUUCUCCCCGUCCGUCGUCCUCGGAGGUCCCGGGGAGUGCGAGCGGACGGAACUCCUCGGACGAGAACGGACACGCCGACAGCCCCGACGAGACUCUGUCGCCGACCUCGGUGAUCUACUUCAAGGAGGCGCUGAGCUCCUCGAACGUGCGGUUCGGGGGGACGGUCGCCGCCGCCGGCGGCUCGCUGUCGCCGACUCCGCUCCGACGGUUCGACUUCCACAUCGAGAGAAUCGGCUCGAAGCGCAGAAAUCCCAAGGAUCCCAUCGCGAUCGAGAGGCUUAACUUGAUGAACAUGGCCAAGCUGAGCAUCAAGGGCCUGAUCGAGUCCGCGCUCAACCUCGGACGCACACUCGACUCGGACUACGCUCCCCUCCAGCAGUUCUUCGUCGUGAUGGAGCACUGUCUGAAACACGGCCUGAAAACCAAGAAAACCUUCCUCGGGCAGAACAAGUCCUUCUGGGGGGCGUUGGAGUUGGUGGAGAAGCUGACGCCGGAGGCAGGAGAGAUCACAGCCAGCGUCAAAGACCUGCCUGGCCUCAAGACCCCUCUGGGAAGAGGACGGGCCUGGUUACGACUGGCCCUGAUGCAGAAGAAGCUCUCGGACUACAUGAAGACCAUCAUCAACAGGAAGGACCUGCUGAGUGAAUUCUACGAGGCCAAUGCGUUGAUGAUGGAGGAGGAGGGCGCCGUCAUCGCCGGGCUGCUCGUCGGACUGAACGUCAUCGACGCCAACCUGUGCAUGAAGGGAGAGGACCUGGACUCGCAGGUUGGAGUGAUCGAUUUCUCCAUGUACCUGAAAGACGGCGGACACAGCAGCAAGAGUGCAGAGGGCGAUGGUCAGAUCACAGCGAUUCUGGACCAGAAGAACUACGUGGAGGAGCUGAACAGACACUUGAGCGCUUCGGUGAAUAACCUCCAGGCCAAGGUGGACGCUCUGGAAAAGUCCAAUACGAAGCUAACGGAAGAGCUCGCGGUGGCCAAUAACCGGAUCAUCACUUUACAAGAAGACGUGGAGAGAGUGAAAGAGGAGAGCUCCUAUCAGCUGGAGUCCAGAAAGGCGUUAAGAAGCGACUCGGCUCCCGACGGACAGGCGCUCGGCGAAACGCGCAAGCAGCUCAAAGAGGAAACUCUGCUUCGAUUGGACGUGGAGAAGGAGCUGGAGGUGCAGAUCGGCAUGAAGCAGGAGAUGGAGCUGUCCAUGAAGAUGCUGGAGAAGGACGUCUGCGAGAAGCAGGACGCGCUGGUGGAGCUCCGACAGCAGCUGGACGACCUCCGCGCCAUCAACCAGCAGCUCGGACACAAGUCGCAGAGCGCCGACGCCAGCUCGAAACAGAAGGGCGAGGUCAUCACUCGCCUGGAGGACAAGAUCAACCAGAUGUCGGGGACGGUGAAACAGCUGGAGAGCAGAUGCAAGCAGGCGGAGAGGGAGCGCGCUCUGGCGUCGGAGGCCAACCGCCUCUUCAAGCAGGAGUUCGGGGACAAGAUCGAGAGUCUGCAGGCCGAGGUGGAGCAGCUGAGGAGGCACAGGUCCCACCUGGAGCGGGAGCUGAGGAAAGAGCGGCGGAGCGAGCAUCACGUCGGCGCCGCCUCCCGACCUUCCAGUCUCCCUCAGAGGGCGAGCGGGCUCCCGGAGAGCGCUCCCCGGCCGCAUCUCCCAGAAUCCCCGUCAGUCAGAAGAGAGACAGACCAGUUACACAGCGAACAGGACGACAAAUCCAGUCUGAGCUCCAGUUUGUCCUUGUCACAUCACGAGGAUGAGCAGGACGAGUCGUUUGUGCAGAUCAGCGAGCCGUCCGUCUGCACGAUGUGUGAACAGGACGACUCGCUGCUGAGGACAAAGAAACGGUGUAAGAACUGCGACGGCGUUUUCUGCGAGAGCUGCGUGUCCGACGAGCUGCCGCUACCGUCGUCCAUCCUGCCGGAGACCGUGUGCGCCGCCUGCUUCUCUCUGCUGCUGCAGCAGUACGCUUCCACGCCGACAUGAGCCCGCUGCCAUGGCAACCAGAGGCAUCGAUCCGAAAGAGCCGAAAAGAAAAAUUUGCACUUUCUUCUUUUUCUUUGAGUCCUGAAUUCUGCCGGGAUAUUUUAACUACUUUUUAAAAGUCGGCGGUGUCGGGACGCGUUCGUGUGCCAUUGUACGACGGAGUUGAAGGGGCCACAUCGAGGGAAAAAAUGAAAGUGAGACUUCGAGAAUAAAGUCGUAAUAUUACAGGAAUAACGCCGCCAGUGUACGUGAAAAAGUCGCAAUGUUAUGAGAAUAAAGUCGUGAUUUUACUAGAAAAAUUUAAAUUUGAUUUAAUAUUAUAUUAUGGACAUAAACGGCAACAGGCGUGAACAACCACACACCAAUUUUACAACUUUAUUCUCAUAAUAUUACAACUUUUCAUCUCACAAAUUUACGACUUUAUUCUCAUAACGCUUUGACUUUAUUCUUGUAAAUUUACGACUCUAUUCUCAUAAUAUUAUGACUUUUUCACAUAAAUUUACGGCUUUCUUCUUGUAAUAUUACGACUUGAUUCUCGAAGUCUCACUUUUAUUUUUGGUGCAGGUGCAGGUUUUUAUUUACUGUUGUAGUCGUACACAAAAAACUCUUUUCUUUUUGAAAGUUCGCGUUCAGCUGCUGUUUUGUUUCGUUGAUUUGUUUUUCUUUCCAAUGGAAACUUGCACUUCCUCAACCUGGUCGGUCAUCACUGACCUGUCAAUCAUCUCCCACAGUGUCCACUGAGUGGACUGUUCGGGUUAAAGGUCAACGGACAAUAUUUUUAAGACCUCCAAUUUUUUACGGAUUAAAAAGGGGGAAGAACUGGAUUUUUUUUCCGAAACACCACAUAUUUAAUCAUAUGCAAAUCAGAAUAUGGUUCAUGUGGCGAUCGAUUACUGUAAACAGAUGAAGCAUCAAUUUAUUUUUUCACCAAAACUUUCGGCCAAUUACGACGAUAAACUUCUUUAACACAAUUUGUAAGUGUUGGAAAAUGAUUAUUCGCCUCAGUCGAAUGAUUUAAAAAAAAUUGCCAAACGAAAACUGAACACAAACAUUGAAGAUUUUGAGUGUUAUGAUAACCAAAGUACCGUCAUGUACACACACAGUAGAUUAGAUCUAGUCUCUUAUCAAAAAUAUCAGUGUGUUCAGGCUGUAGCAGCGUCAGAGGAAUAUUUCAGUCUGGAAAAUUUUCCUUUUUUUGCCAAGAAGUUUGAUUCCACUCUCACAUCGUACGUUAAAUAUGAAGCUAAUGUCGGGAGACGAUUAGCAGGCGGGUGGAGGGUUUAUGGGGAUUAUGUGCACGACAUCUUGGAGCACAAACAUCCGUAAGAACGUCAUUUUUUACGCUUAAAAAAGAUUUUUGCACAUUUGAAACAAAUAUUCUAAGUUUAAAUUCAUUAGGAAUAUUAUAUUUAUUUUUAACCUUUCCGGCUGUUUUCCUCUAUUUACAGUCUAGGCUAAGCGGCCGCUGACUGCAAAUGCAUAUUUACCAUACAGAUACAACGUCUGGUAUCACUCUUAUCAAGCAAAUGAAUAAUUUCCCAUGAAGUCAGAUUUAUUCCUUCAAGUUUACAAAGAAAAAUAUCGUGAGUUUAAUAUUUCUUCCCCGUUUCUGGCAUUAACAGAGUCGGCGCAGUGUUUUGCAUUUUAGAGGUUUGGACGUUUUACGGCACUUUUGAAAUUCAGGGCUCUCUGGUUUGAAGUGGACAUAUCUCAUAUUUCAUAUCUCAGCUGGUUUUAUCUUUUUGUUGCUUCAUACAUGAGGAGGAAAUUAGAGGCCGAGUAAAGGCAGUGGAACUUUUAGUGUUUCUUGUUGGAGCUAAUUGGCACGUGAGAUGGAAAUGCUUCCGAAAUCAACAAUAAAACUUUUAAGGAAUUUUA